AUGUAUAUGGUUAAAGGUGCAGCCUACGCCCAUACGGUGCCUGAAUACGACCGUUACAUGGACCUCAUAAGAGCUGCGAACCCUGCCCUAGCUACUUACUUAGAGACCGCAGAUCCGAAGUUAUGGUCGAGAGUUCAUUUUGAAGGUGAUAGAUACAAUAUAAAGACGAGCAACAUCGCAGAAUCUAUUAACUCGGCUGUCAAGAAAGCAAAAGGAUUACCUAUUCCUCGUCUUUUGGAGUUUAUUAGGGAGAAGCUCGGGAGAUGGUUUAGCAAGAGGCGGGAGGAUGCACUGAGUCUCACAACCAGACACAGCAGAGGUGUUGAGUACAUAUUGGCCAUACGGUCUUACUAUGCGGGAAGUAUGAUCGUAGAUCGCAUAGACGCUUGGCGCUUUCAUGUUAAAGGCGGGAGACGAGAUUCUGCAGCCGAAGCUAACGUCGACAUGUCCUAUUACGUAUGCGCCACUCAUUCGACGCCUUCCUUGUUCUCAACAUAUGCACAUCCGAUUUACCCCAAAGAGGGAACUGACUCCCACGUGAAGCCUGUUCGCUGUUUGCCUCCAGGGGAGAGUGUCCCUUCUGGAAGGCCGAAGAAGUCGAGGUGGCAAACUUGGCUAGAGAUGUCUAGGAAGAAAAACACAAAACCAAGGAAAACGCAUAAGAAGUACAGCUGCUCUAAGUGCAAGGAACCUGGUCAUACUCGCCCCAAUUGUGUCGCUGAAGACUGA